UGGAGGAGGGAAGAUCGCCGCCGAGUUCCGCCUCAGCAGCCAUGGCCGCGUAGCGUCUCCUCGGCAGCCGCGUUCGGACAUGGGCCAGGCCCGGGCCGCCGGGCUGAGGCAGCGCGUCCCCGUGGCGAAAACUAUUGGUAGAAUCUUGUAAGGAGGGAGAUAAAUAACUACAUUAACAUGCCUGCUGUGGCAUCUGUACCUAAGGAGCUGUAUCUCUGUACUUCAUUGAAAGAUCUCAACAAGAAGACGGAAAUAAAACCUGAAAAGACCAGUACAAAGAGUUAUGUGCAGAGUGCCCUUAAGAUUUUCAAAGCCGCAGAAGAAAGCAGAUUGGACCGAGAUGAAGAAAAAGCUUAUAUCCUGUAUAUGAAAUAUGUGGCUGUUUAUAAUUUCAUUAAAAAGAGACCUGAUUUUAAGCAGCAACAGGAUUAUUUCCAUUCCAUUCUUGGCCCUACAAAUAUAAAAAAAGCUAUUGAAGAAGCUGAAAGACUCUCAGACAGCCUUAAACUCAGAUACGAGGAAGCUGAAGUACGGAAAAAACUUGAAGAAAGGGACAGACAAGAGCUGCAGAACAAGCAAGAGCCAAAAGAUGAUGGAAAGAGUUCAGCCAAAAGCUCAUCAGAAGCUACAGCAGAUGGCAAAGGAAAAAGCCAGAGGAUCAAUGGUGAGACGAAGCACUCACUGGAAAGAAGGGAUCAGGCUGAGAGUUUUAGUGGAGCAGUCACAGCUGAGAAACUGUUUGCAAUGAUGACAGACAAAAGCAUUGAAUUGAUUAUAAUGGAUGCUCGAAGCUUGAAGGACUACCAGGAGUCCUGUAUUCCAAGAUCUGUCAGUGUCCCAGAAGAAGCUAUCAGUCCUGGAGUUACUGCUAGUUGGAUUGAAGCCAGACUGCCAGAGGAUUCUAAAGAUCCAUGGAAGAAGAGAGGACACUUUGAUUACGUUGUACUGCUGGACUGGUUUAGUUCUGCAGAAGACUUAAAGCUAGGAACAACUCUUCGGAGUCUGAAAGAUGCACUUUUUAAGUGGGAAAGCAAAACUAUACUGCAGAAUGAACCUUUGGUUCUAGAAGGAGGCUAUGAAAACUGGCUCCUUUGCUUUCCCCAGUACACAACAAAUGCUAAAGUAACUCCACCCCAGCACGGCAGGAGUGAAGCAGUAACUGUGUCUUUGGAUUUUACGUAUCCCUCUCUGGAAGAGCCAGCCCCUGCUCCACCUGUUGCCCCUACAAAGCCUUCUCCAACAGAAGUGGUCGAAAAUGAAGAAACAGGAGCUAAUUUGGAAGAGAGAUUAAAAUCACUGAACAGACCAAGUGUAGAAGGUGCUGCUGUUCCAAAACCCGACAGUUCAUUUGUAGUUAAUCCAGCAUCAAUUACAAGAAAUAUCCCUGAGGUUGAUCGUUCUAAAAAGCCUUCCAUAAAAAUACCCGAUGAUAAUAAACCAAAAUUUGAAAGCACGCCCAGUGACAGCCAGCCUGUUGAGAAUGGCCGCGUGGUCCCAGACCGGUCCACAAAGCCGUUACUGGAUGCUAAGAGUGUUCUGACAGAAGAAGAAAAAAGCCGAGUACAUGCAGAAACUGCUGCCCUGAUGGAGAAAAACAAACGAGAAAAAGAACUGCGGGAGAGGCAGAAGGAAGAACAAAAAGAGAGACUCAAGCGAGAAAAGGAAGAACAAGAGCAAAAGGCAAAGGAAGAACAGAGAGAAAAGGAACACAAAGAAAAGCUACAGCAAUCCAAAGAGGAGAGGGAACAGAAGGAGAGGGAUGAGCAGAUCAAAAGAGAACAGGAGGAGAAGGAAAAAGAAAAAGCACGCAAGGAAGCAAUAGAAGCAAAAAAGCAAAAUAAAAAUGAACUAGAAAGCAUUGAUGCAAAAAAGGUUGAGGCUGACAAAAUAUCUGUAGAAAGAAGAGAAAAGGGCUCUCGAACACCAGAUACGCAGAGACGUGUACUGGGUGAUGCAUCCCCGAGCAAGCAAACUGAGGUUAAAGGACAACCAGACAGUGGAGCUCAAAAGCCAGGACCCCUUAGAGAGGAUUCUGAACAAGAUACUGAAAGACUUAAAUCUCUGCGGGAGCCAUUGAUCAGAGCCCGAAGCGAAGAAAUGGGGAGGAUAAUACCAGGACUGCCUGAAGGUUGGGUAAAGUUUCUGGAUCCAAUCACUGGAACCUUUCGUUACUAUCACUCGCCAACGAACACUGUAGAGAUGUAUCCACCAGAAAUGGCUCCCUCGUCCACACCUCCAGCCACUCCACCAACCCGCAAACCCAAGCCGCAGAUGGCUGCUGAGCGGGAGCGGGAGCACUCCAAGCUGAAGCGCUCCUACUCAUCCCCAGAUAUAACCCAAGCCAUUCAGGAGGAAGAGAAGAAAAGAAUUCCUGUAACCCCUGCAGUCAAUCGUGAAAAUAAACCAGUCUAUUACCCUAAAACAGAAAUUUCAAGACUCUCUGCAUCACAGAUUAGGAACCUUAAUCCUGUGUUUGGGGGAUCGGGACCAGCCCUUACAGGACUUCGUAAUCUAGGGAACACUUGCUAUAUGAACUCCAUACUACAGUGUCUGUGCAACGCACCUCACCUAGCUGAGUACUUCAACAGAAACUUGUAUCAUGAUGACAUUAACAGGUCCAAUUUCCUGGGGCAUAAAGGUGAAGUGGCUGAAGAGUUUGGAGUAAUAAUGAAGGCUUUGUGGACAGGACAGUAUAAAUAUAUCAGUCCAAAAGACUUCAAAAUUACAAUUGGGAAGAUUAAUGACCAGUUUGCAGGAUAUAGCCAGCAAGACUCCCAGGAGCUGCUUCUCUUUCUAAUGGACGGCUUGCACGAAGACCUCAAUAAAGCUGACAACAGGAAGAGAUACAAGGAAGAAAACAACGAUCAUCUCGAUGACCUCAGAGCAGCAGAACUCGCCUGGCAGAAGCACAAACAGCUCAACGAAUCCAUUAUUGUGGCACUCUUCCAAGGCCAGUUCAAAUCAACGGUGCAGUGUCUCACAUGUCACAAGAAGUCCCGAACCUUUGAGGCUUUCAUGUAUUUGUCCUUACCACUUGCAUCCACCAGUAAAUGCACACUGCAGGAAUGCCUUAGAUUGUUCUCCAAAGAGGAAAAGCUCACUGAUAACAACAGAUUUUACUGCAGCCAUUGCAAAACUCGAAGGGAUUCUUUGAAAAAAAUAGAAAUUUGGAAAUUACCACCUGUGCUUCUUGUGCACCUGAAACGAUUUUCCUAUGAUGGAAGAUGGAAGCAAAAACUUCAGACCUCUGUAGAUUUCCCAUUGGAAACUCUUGACCUUUCACAGUAUGUUAUUGGUCCAAAGAAUAAUUUGAAGAGAUACAAUCUGUUUUCAGUAUCAAAUCAUUACGGUGGGUUGGACGGAGGGCACUACACCGCCUACUGCAAAAAUGCCUCCAAACAGCGCUGGUUUAAGUUUGAUGACCAUGAAGUAUCUGAGAUCUCAGCAUCAUCUGUGAAAUCCUCAGCUGCAUAUAUUCUCUUUUACACUUCUUACGAACAACGAGCAGUGGAAAUGGCCACAUAAAGUAACAUGGGUUAAGAAAACUGGUUUUCUUUUUAUAAGAACAAAGUAGUUCUGGGAAGGCAAAUGAACAUGCAAAGCUAUGGCAGAUGUAGUCAUUAAAGUUAUGGGGAUGGCUGCAGCAGCUUCUCCGCAAGCAAGCUCUUUACGGUCAGAACUACUGCUUAAAUGAGUGAUUAAUAAUGCUUGUGGUAAUACUGCCAUCUGUGAAACCAUUUAAAAGCAUACUUUGCAUUUAUUGAAAAAAACCAACUAUAUUUUUAGUCUGCUCCAAAAUUAAAUUCUAGCUUAGUCACCUGAACUCUAUUAACAAGUAGUUGAAAUUGUCUAAAAUUCCCAAGGCAUAUCUUGAUUUUUAUCUUCAUUCUUUCACUGUUAUGGCCUUUUCACAUUUCUAACCUUAAGCUUGACUCUACUGUGAAUACUCUAGAAUGAUGUAAACAGUUAGGAAUGUAAGUGUACAUAUUGAUUGCAUACUUGCACAUCAGAACUAUGUAUAUAAUAAAACGUUGUCCUUUUUGUGAGAAACUCUAAAACUCAGAGGAUUGCUUUAAUUUGCCAGCUCUUAAGUAACUGCAACACUACUUAUUUAAAAGGAAAAAAAAGCAGAGCUGUAUUUUUUGUUAGCUUUUGUCAAUAUUUGUGCACUUCAGAGUUACUCUAAACAAACAAGACUUUCCUUUUUAAUUUUUUUAAUAUAAAUUUUCAUGUAUACAUGCAUUAAAAAACCUUAAGAAAUGAUUUAAAAAUAUAUCCUGUUAAACAUA